AUGGCCCUAAGGAUCUGUUCAGCGUAUCGUACGAUAUCAACAGAUGCCGUGUUGGUUAUAGCUGGGCUGAUCCCCCUGCAUUUAGCAGCUGAGGAAAAGCGAGACUUAUAUGUCAAAGCAGAGAUUAACGAUGAGGUGAAAAGACAGCAACGACGAGGAAGGUGGACUAGAAAGUUAAUACACAACGUGGAGGACUGGACAAGUAGGAAACACGGAGACGUGGAAUAUUACAUUACGCAUUUUCUUUCCGGGCAUGGAGUCUUCAUGGACUUCUUGCACAGAAUAAAGAAAAUACCAAAUGGCAACUGCAUGUACUGCGACGAAAUCGACGAUGCCGAGCAUACGUUGUUCUGCUGUCCAAGAUGGGAAAACGGCAGAAACAAAGGUCUGUCUUGUUGUCGGAUGUAG